CACAACGUCACUUUCGCUUCCUCGUCAGGUUCUUCGAGCGACACUUCCUCGUUGUGUUCUGCGGGCCUGAAGUGACGGCGCGACGGCCAUGGAGGACGGCAGCAGCGCAGAAGAGCCGGCGGAGGGUUCCCGACGGGAGCUCUAUGGAGAUUACGUGGACUACUUCCUCCAGCCGGGGGCGGAGGUUCGGCCGUGCUGCGACCCCUCGAUGCUGAAGAAGGCGGCUCGGUACCUGCGGGGGGAGCCGCAGCCCGCGGAGGCUUUCACCGUGUUCCCGUUCUACCGGGCGGUGAGGCAGGACCGUGCGCCGGGGGGCGCGUGCGGAAGGAAACACCUGAACGCGUUCAUUAAAGCCACCGAGCUGCUGGAAACCAUCUGCGUCAACCUGUUCCUGCAACCCUGGAAGAAAGAGAUCAAGACACUGAAGACGUUUACAGGUCCAUUUAUUUACGGCCUCCUGCCAGUUCUCAGCAGUUCUACCAUUCAGUCCGUCCUGGGCUCUAUCGGCUACCUGCCCCACACUGACACUCCACAAAGUGAAUACAGACUCCGGGAGGAUGUGAACCCCGACAGGGCCAUGCUGCUGGGCUUUGAACUGCUGCUGGCCAGGGUGAAAUGUGACCACCUCCUGGAGGUCCUGGAGAAGGAUCAGCUGGAUCCGCCGGACUUUCUGGAGGUUCUCCAGAGGAGAAUGGACCCGACACAACUGGAUGAACCUCCGGAGAAGACGACGAUGGGGCAAAAGGAAGAGGAGAACAAGAAGAUGGAAGAGGCACAUAGAAAAGAGGUGCCUCAGAUUUUGGACACCAUGCUUGCAGUGAAACCUCAUCCCAAGCCUCGCCGCUGCUGUUCCAUAGGCUUAGACCAGUCCAUAAUGGAGAUGCAGAUGAUCUACCCUGACCUUGCCUUCAGGGGCCGUCCUCUGCUACCGGACAAACCUCAACGAGCAAGCGGCAGCAGUAAAGAUGUCCACGCUCCCGACGCCGAUGAUCACGGUGGUGGCCGUAAAGCUGCCGAGGUCCCCAACGUCGCUGCUCCGACUACACGCAGUAGAAGUGAUGGCGGCGAAGCUGAUGACGUUGUUGGUGACGAUUGCAGAGGCGGUGGUUGUAAUGACAGGAACCGAGGGGGUGGGCCCGCACCGGGAGACGCCAACAGCAGCCACGUCGGUACCACUGAUGGAAGCACAGGUGAUGGUGGGCUCAGGGGUCCUCAGGCCCUUUCCCUACACAUCACACUGAGAGCUGCAUCCAAAGCAGAGCAGAGCCUGAAACCUGGAGAGGCUCCGCCCACAGCAGAGGCUCCGCCCACAGCAGAGCCUCCUGCCCGGACACAGCAGCAGACGGUAGCAGACCUACAAAACAAUAGAGCGACCAACCCACCGCGUCCCAAUCUGAUCUUCAUGCAGGAGCUGAGCCAGCUGGCGGAGAGCAUGGGCCAGCUCCGUGUGCGAGACUCCAAAGAGGAAGUGAAGAGCAAAGAAGAGGAGGAGGAAGAAGAAGAAAACCAGAGGGAGGAGGGAACCACCAAUAAAGGGCGGAGUCAGACAGAGGGAGGGGCCGAGGAGGAGAACCUCGGUGAGCCAGCGGCGACGGGUCCAGCACUGAGCCGAGCUGCAGGUCGAGGAACCGGAUCCUCUCGGCGUCACCACUCGACACUGGCGGGUUGCCAGGGCUCUAAAGGAGGAGACGGCACUGUGAGGGAUGAGGAGCAGCUGGCGAAGAGCUUUUUUAUGGUCGCGCAUCACACUAAAUAACGCGCUCUCAAGGCUCAUUUACAUGGAUAUGGAAAUUAUCAAAGACAAAAAACCACUGAGCGAGCCGAAAGCAAUACAAGCCGUUAUCUGUCUGUAAGCCAAGAUUUACCAGUGCACUAGUAGGUAAAAGAGAACAAUAUUGUAAUACUCAGUCCCAAUAUUUUUCUAUUAAAUUCCAAUAAUAAUAUUUGAUUGUAUGUGCAAGUCAGCAGCUACUUUACAGUUUCUUUUCCUCAUACGUAAGAUAGUGUAGCCGUCACAAAUGUCCCACAUCUCAGACUCGACUCCUCACCUCAACACAUCGACCUUUGUGACCUCACACGCUACCAAACGUGUUUUGGGACUCUGACCAUAUUGCAGAUUAAUUUACAGAAUCAGAAAAGCCCACCCUCAUAGUCCAGACUACUGGAGGUCUUUAGUGUUAUAGAUAUUGUUUUCUGUACUUUAACUGUAGAUGUAUAAUUAGUCAUGAAAAUGUACUGUUAUUUGAAAUAAAGUUUUAUGAGGUUCAAUUCUCUAAAGAAAGAACCCCGAUAUUCAAAUCUGAAAUUGAAUCUCAUAUACAACAUUUUACAGUUUACGAAGUCUUAAUUGACUUACUUUCAAAAUUCUCUUUUUUUUCAGAAUAAUUUUGGGAUAAAUUGACAAACAGGCUUGGAAUGACUGAGCAAUCUCCUUUGUUUUAUAAAUAAAAAGGAAUUAUGAUUUGCUAUGGCCUUCUCAUUGAUCUAGUUAGGGUUUAUAUGCCAGUGGGCAGGUCAGAGUGACAGAGCUGACGAGGUGGGUGUGGCUAACAGGUGCACUGAAUGAGCUGAUUGGUGAGUGCAGUAGAGUGGGCAGGUGAGAAAAACAAUACAAACAAACUAAGCCAAUUAGUUUGUCUUUAACUGUUGUUUGCAUAUACUGGCCCUCUAAUUCCAAAAGGACACAUUUAAAUACUUACUAAAGAUAAUUGUUCACAAGACUGAA